AUGUGCAGUAACUCCUCAGAAAUCUCAGAUUACUGCGAAGAGAACGAUUCGUCUUUGCUCGUACCUAAAACCGAUGGCGUUCGCAUCUUCUGCAAGAAAUGUACGGAAUCGAAAAAUCCAGCGGUCGUUGUUCUGCGACGAAUGGACGCGUAUUGCCGUGACUGUUUCCUUGCAAAUGUAAAGCACAAAUUCAGAGCAUCCAUAGGAAAAGAGAAGCUACUUCGAAACGGGGAGAAGAUUUUGUUGAGCUUCUCGGGAGGUGUAAAUUCGUCUGCGCUUUUGGCGCUUGUCAAGGAAGGACUUGCUCAAGCGGCUCAUAAGCAGUUGAAGCUACAUUUUUGUCUAGGCAUCGUUGACGAGGUAGAAUUGGGAUACCAGACCUCUGAGGAAUUCGCGCAAGUACUUUCUUUUGCUAAAGCAUCCGACUUCGAUGUCAAAAUCGCGAAAGUAUCUGAUUUCUUCAAGGGGGAGUCAGAGUUUCUUCAGAUCCUCAGUGAUAUAAAAGAUGGGACUAACCGAAAGGAUUUUCUGGAGAAGACGAGAAUAACGGUUAUUGCUAACUUGGCGAAGUGGGAAGGGAUUAAAUACGUUUUUCUCGGCGAAACCCUGGAUAGACUAGCAGCCCGAGUCCUGAGCGAUGUUUCUAUUGGUGCCGGAAGUUCGAUUCAAAAUAGAACAGCAUUCGCUGACGAACGGAUACCUGGAGUGGUUUUCCUGCGCCCCUUGCGGGAUGUUUCGUUGAAGGAAGCUGCCCUGUACUGCAGCUUCACUGGCACUUCUUUCGUCACAUUAAAAGAUCCCUGGACACGAGCCGGACCUGAAUCAUGCAUCCAAAAACUGACGGAAAAAUUUGUGAUGGAUUUGGCUAAAGACUUUCCAACCACUAGCAAUACGCUGAUGAAAACUGGUGGAAAACUUAUGCCUGCUGCGGGCGAUCGUGAUCGUCAUUGUUGUUAUUGCGGGGCAGUUUUGGACAUAGUCGUGGGAGAUCAGUGGAAGAGAAGCUCAGCAGUCAACGCACUUGCCUUUUCCAACCUGGUUUCUAACUGUGGUCCGUGGAAAGAAAAGGAAAUCCUGCCGCAAUUGGAAACAUGUGAUUCUGGAUGUACCUCCGGUUCCAGUUGCUGCAAGCUGGAGAAAGAUGCGAAAUCUGUGUUUUUCUCAACAUUGUGCUAUUCAUGUUCGCAUAUAUUUUCUCCUUUUCGUGGAACCACUGAGUUGCCCAAGUCUCUGGAACGGAUGGCUGAAGUGAACCGAAGCAGCGCGAUAAGACAGAAAAUGAAAGAUGAAAUAUCUGAAUUUCUUCUGGACGAUGGAUGA